GGCCUCCGCCCGCCCCCUCCCCGGGCCCGCUCGCCCUCCGGGGCGGUGGGGCAUGGCCUGAGGUCCCCCGAGUCCGGGGGGGUGGGGGGGUGGGGGGAGGGGGGAGGGGCCGCGGGCGCCGCCGACCCGGACGCUGCAGCCCCGCCAGGCAGCCACCUGUGAUGCUGCCGACCCCCGUCGCCCCGUGGCCCCACGAUGACCCACAGCCCCGCCUCAAGCGAGGACGAGGACCCACACAGCAUCAGCGAGUGUCCCGAGGGGGGCUCCGAAUCGGAGAGCUCCCCAGACGGGCCAGGGAGAGGCCCCCGGGGGACCCGGGCCCGGGGCCACAGCGGAGCACCCACUAGCCUGGCCUCCAUCCGAGGCCUCCAAGGCCGGUCCAUGUCUGUCCCGGACGACGCCCACUUCAGCAUGAUGGUCUUCAGGAUCGGCAUCCCGGACCUGCACCAGACAAAAUGCCUGCGCUUCAACCCCGACGCCACCAUCUGGACCGCCAAGCAGCAGGUGCUGUGCGCGCUGAGCGAGAGCCUGCAGGACGUGCUCAAUUACGGCCUGUUCCAGCCGGCCACCUCGGGCCGCGAUGCCAACUUCCUGGAGGAGGAGCGGCUGCUGCGGGAAUACCCCCAGUCCUUCGAGAAGGGGGUGCCCUACCUGGAGUUCCGAUACAAGACCCGUGUGUACAAACAGACCAACCUGGAUGAGAAGCAGCUGGCCAAGUUACACACCAAGACCGGCUUGAAGAAGUUCCUGGAGUAUGUGCAACUCGGCACGUCUGACAAGGUGGCACGGCUGCUGGACAAGGGGCUGGACCCCAACUAUCACGACUCGGAUUCAGGAGAGACCCCCCUGACCCUGGCUGCGCAGACCGAGGGCUCCGUGGAGGUGAUUCGAACCCUGUGCCUGGGUGGGGCCCACAUCGACUUCCGCGCCCGGGAUGGCAUGACGGCUCUGCAUAAGGCAGCGUGUGCCCGCCACUGCCUAGCUCUCACGGCACUCCUGGAUCUUGGGGGGUCCCCCAACUAUAAGGACCGCCGGGGACUGACCCCUCUGUUCCAUACAGCCAUGGUGGGGGGCGACCCCCGCUGCUGUGAGCUGCUCCUGUACAACAGAGCCCAGCUGGGGGUGUCUGAUGAGAAUGGCUGGCAGGAGAUUCACCAGGCCUGCCAGCGGGGCCAUUCACAGCAUCUGGAACAUCUGCUCUUCUACGGGGCCGAGCCUGGGGCGCAGAAUGCCUCGGGGAACACAGCCCUGCACAUCUGUGCCCUCUACAACAAGGAGACCUGUGCCCGUGUCCUCCUCUAUCGGGGGGCCAGCAAGGACGUGAAGAACAACAACGGGCAGACGCCAUUCCAGGUGGCAGUGAUUGCUGGGAAUUUUGAACUGGGGGAGCUGAUUCGAAACCAUCGUGAACAGGAUGUGGUGCCCUUCCAGGAGUCCCCGAAGUACGCUGCCCGGCGUCGGGGCCCCCCGGGAGCAGGGCUGACCGUGCCCCCUGCACUGAUGCGGGCCAACAGUGACACCAGCAUGGCGCUGCCUGACUGGAUGGUGUUUGCCGCCCCUGGAGUUCCAUCUUCGGGGGCCCCUGGCCCCACCUCGGGUCCCUCAGGCCCGUCACAGCCCUCGGCUCCCAGCACCAAGCUCAGCAGUGGCACCCUCCGAAGUGCGAGCAGCCCCCGGGGUGCCCGUGCACGCUCCCCGUCGCGCGGGAGGCACCCUGAAGAGACCAAGAGGCAGCCCCGGGGACGGCCCAGCUCCAGUGGGACUCCGCGGGAAGGGCCCGCGGGGGGCACCGGCAGCUCAGGGGGCCCUGGGGGCUCCCUGGGAAGCCGUGGGAGACGCCGCAAGCUCUACUCAGCUGUUCCCGGGCGCUCGUUCAUGGCAGUGAAGUCGUACCAGGCCCAAGGCGAGGGCGAGAUUUCCCUGAGCAAAGGCGAGAAAAUCAAAGUGCUUAGUAUCGGGGAAGGAGGUUUCUGGGAAGGCCAGGUCAAAGGUCGUGUUGGCUGGUUCCCCUCGGAGUGCCUGGAAGAGGUCGCCAACCGCUCUCAGGAGGGAAAGCAAGAAAGCCGCAGCGACAAGGCCAAGCGACUCUUCCGGCAUUACACCGUGGGCUCCUACGAUAGCUUUGACGCCCCAAGCGAUUACAUCAUCAAGGAGAAGACAGUGCUGCUGCAGAAGAAAGACAGUGAGGGGUUCGGCUUCGUGCUGCGGGGGGCCAAGGCGCAGACCCCCAUCGAGGAGUUCACCCCGACGCCGGCCUUCCCCGCGCUGCAGUACCUGGAGUCGGUGGACGAGGGCGGUGUGGCGUGGCGCGCGGGUCUGCGGAUGGGGGACUUCCUCAUCGAGGUGAAUGGCCAGAACGUGGUGAAGGUGGGCCACCGGCAGGUGGUGAAUAUGAUCCGGCAAGGCGGGAACACACUGAUGGUCAAGGUGGUGAUGGUGACCCGCCACCCCGAUAUGGACGAGGCGGCCCACAAGAAAGCAACCCAGCAGGCUAAGCGACUCCCGCCCCCAGCCAUCUCCCUGCGUUCCAAGUCUAUGACCUCAGAGCUGGAGGAGAUGGUCUCCCCCUGGAAGAAGAAGAGUGAGUACGAGCAGCAGCCGCCGCCGCCGCCUGUGCCCAGCAUGGAGAAAAAGCGGACCGUGUACCAGAUGGCACUCAAUAAGCUCGAUGAGAUUUUGGCGGCCGCCCAGCAGACCAUCAGUGCCAGCGAGGGCCCUGGGCCUGGAGGCCUGGCAUCCCUGGGCAAGCACCGGCCCAAAGGCUACUUUGCCACUGAGUCAAGCUUUGAUCCCCACCACCGCUCCCAGCCCAGUUAUGAACGACCUUCUUACCUGCCCCCGGGCCCUGGGCUCAUGCUCCGGCAGAAGUCUAUUGGGGCUGCUGAGGAUGACAGACCCUACCUAGCACCCCCAGCCAUGAAGUUCAGCCGCAGCCUGUCUGUGCCUGGUUCCGAGGAAAUCCCCCCGCCGCCCACCACGUCCCCCCCGGAGCCGCCCUACAGCACCCCCCCGGCGCCCUCCUCCUCCGGCCGCCUCACCCCCUCCCUGCGGGGGCCCUUUAACCCGGGCUCCAGCACCCACCCCGCCUCCUCCCCGUCCUCCUUCGACGGCCCCACCCUCCCCGAGGGCCGCCUCGGGAUGCGCGACAAGAGCCUGUACCACAGCGGGCCCCUGCCGCCCCCCCACCACCACCCGCCCCACCACCACCACCACCACGCGCCGCCGCCCCAGCCCCACCACCACCACGCGCACCCGCCGCACCCGCCGGAGAUGGAGACGGGAGGCUCCCCCGACGACCCCCCGCCCCGACUGGCCCUGGGGCCCCAACCCAGCCUGCGCGGCUGGCGCGGCGGCGGGCCCAGCCCCACCCCGGGCUCCGCGUCCCCGUCGCAUCACGCCAGCGUCGGGGGCGGCGGCGGCGGCGGCGGCUCCUCCACGGCCCAGGCGCCCGCCCUGCGCUACUUCCAGCUGCCCCCGCGGGCGGCCAGCGCGGCCAUGUACGUGCCGGCCCGCUCGGGCCGGGGGCGCAAGGGCCCGCUGGUCAAGCAGACCAAAGUGGAGGGCGAGCCGCAAAAGGGCGGCGGGCUGGCGGCCUCGCCCACGUCCCCCGCGUCGCCGCAGCCGCCGCCGGCCGCGCCGUCGGAGAAGAAUUCCAUCCCCAUCCCCACCAUCAUCAUCAAGGCGCCGUCCACCAGUAGCAGCGGCCGCAGCAGCCAGGGCAGCAGCACGGAGGCCGAGCCCCCCAGCCAGGCCGAGGCGGCGGGGGGCGGCGGCUCGUCGGCGUCCAGCCCCGCGCCGCCCCUCUCGCCCGUGCCGCCCUCGCCCUCGCCCGUGCCCACGCCCGCCUCCCCCAGCGGCCCGGCCACCCUGGACUUCACCAGCCAGUUCGGGGCAGCCCUGGUGGGCGCGGCCCGGCGCGAAGGGGGCUGGCAGAGCGAAGCCCGCCGGCGCUCCACGCUCUUCCUGUCCACCGACGCGGGCGACGAGGACGCGGGCGGCGGCGGCGGCGCGCUGGGCUCGGGCGCACCCCCGGGCCCGCGGCUGCGCCACUCCAAGUCCAUCGACGAGGGCAUGUUCUCGGCCGAGCCGUACCUGCGGCUGGAGUCCGGCGGCGGCGGCGGCGGGGGCUACGGGGCGUACGCGGCCGGCGGCCGAGCCUACGGGGGCAGCGGGGGCAGCAGCGCCUUCACCAGCUUCCUGCCGCCGCGGCCGCUGGUCCACCCGCUGACCGGCAAGGCCCUGGACCCCGCCUCCCCGCUCGGGCUGGCCCUGGCCGCCCGCGAGAGGGCGCUGAAGGAGUCCUCGGAGGGCGGCGUGGGGCCGCAGCCCCCUCCUAGGCCCCCCUCGCCCCGCUACGAGGUCCCGCCGCCCACCCCUCACCACCACUCACCGCACGGCCACCACGAGCCCGUGCUGCGCCUCUGGGGGUCCUCCUCCCCGGACCCCGUCCGCCGGGAGCUGGGGUACCGGCCCUCGCUGGGCAGCCAGGAGAAGUCGCUCUCGGCCAGCCCGCCCGCGGCGCGCCGGUCCCUGCUGCACCGCCUGCCCCCCACGGCCCCCGGGGUGGGGCCCCUCCUGCUGCAGCUGGGGCCCGAGCCCCCGAGCCCGCUCCCCGGGGUGAGCAAGGCCUGGAGGUCCGGCGCCCCCGACGACCCCGAGCGCCUUCCGCUGCACGUGCGGUUCCUGGAGAACUGCCAGCCCCGCGCCGCCGCCGCCGCCGCCGCCGCCGCCGCCACGGCCGGCCCCGGGCCGCGAGGGCCACCGUCGGAGGACGGGCCCGCGGUGCCGCCGCCCAGCCCGCGCCGCUCCGUGCCCCCGUCGCCCACGUCCCCCCGGCCCAGCGAGGAGAACGGGCUUCCCUUGCUGGUGCUGCCGCCGCCCGCCCCGUCGGUGGACGUGGAGGACGGCGAGUUCCUCUUCGUGGAGCCGCUGCCCCCGCCGCUGGAGUUUUCCAACAGCUUCGAGAAGCCCGAGUCGCCGCUCACGCCGGGGCCGCCCCACCCGCUGCCCGAGCCGCCCGCGCCCGCCGCCCCUGCGCCCCCGGCGCCGCCCCCCGCCGUCGCCGCCGCCCCGCCCGCCUUGGACUCCACGCCCUCCAGCCUGACUUCCUACGACAGCGAGGUGGCCACGCUGACGCAGGGGGCCCCCGCGCCUCCCGGAGACACCCCGGCUCCGGGCCCCCCGGCCCCGGUCGCCGCCCCGGCCCCGGCCCCACCGCCAGGUCCCGACCCGCCCGCCGGUACCGACUCGGGCAUCGAGGAGGUGGACAGCCGCAGCAGCAGCGACCACCCGCUGGAGACCAUCAGCAGCGCGUCGACGCUCAGCAGCCUGUCGGCCGAAGGCGGAGUCAGCGCGGGGGCAGGGGGUGGCAUCGUGGCCGGCGGGCCUGAGCUUCUGGACACGUAUGUGGCUUACCUGGACGGCCAGGCCUUUGGGGGAAGCGGGACGCCGGCCCCUCCCUACCCCCCACAGCUCAUGACUCCAUCCAAGCUCCGGGGGCGGGCGCUGGGGUCCGCGGGCCUGCGACCGAGCCCUGGAGGGGGCCUUCGAGACCCCGUCACUCCCACCAGCCCCACCGUCUCGGUGACCGGAGCCGGCACGGAUGGGCUGCUGGCCCUGAGCGGUUGCUCGGGACCCUCGGUGGCAGGUGUGGCCGGGAGUCCAGUGUCGCUAGAGCCAGAAGGUCCCCCAGUGCCCUUGCCGUCCUCCUCCUCCCUGCCUCGGAAGCUGCUGCCCUGGGAGGAGGGCCCUGGCCCCCCGCCGCCACCCCUGCCCGGGCCCCUAGCCCAGCCUCAGGCCUCCGCCUUGGCCACGGUCAAAGCCAGCAUCAUCAGCGAGCUCAGCUCCAAGCUCCAGCAGUUUGGGGGCUCGUCGGCAGCUGGUGGCGCUCUGCCCUGGGCCCGGGGAGGCAGCGGGGGAAAUGGGGACAGCCACCACGGGGGAGCCAGCUACGUCCCGGAGAGGACCUCGUCCCUGCAGCGCCAGAGAAUCUCGGAAGACCCUCAGCCCUCCAUCCUCUCCAAACCUGUCAGCAGCCUGUUUCAGAACUGGUCCAAACCACCUCUGCCGCCACUCCCCCCAGGAACCGGGGUCCCCCCUGCAGCUGCUGGAGCCCAGGGGGCCACCUCGCCCUCCGGCUCCUCCUCCACGUCCACCCGCCACCUCCAGGGCGUGGACUUCGAGAUGCGGUCCCCGCUGCUCCGCCGGGCCCCCAGUCCCUCGCUGCUGCCCACCUCGGAGCACAAGGUCAGCCCUGCACCCCGGCCCUCGUCCCUGCCCAUCCUGCCUUCCGGACCCCUCUAUCCUGGCCUCUUCGACAUCCGUGGCUCCCCCACUGGAGGGGCAGGAGGCUCUGCUGACCCCUUCGCCCCCGUCUUCGUGCCGCCACACCCGGGGAUGUCUGGGGGCCUCGGGGGAGGCUUGUCAGGGGCUUCCCGCUCCCUCUCACCAACCCGGCUGCUGCCGCUGCCCCCGGACAAGCCCUUUGGCGCGAAGCCCCUGGGGUUCUGGACCAAGUUUGAUGUGGCCGACUGGCUGGAAUGGCUGGGCUUGGCUGAGCACCGAGCCCAGUUCCUGGACCAUGAGAUCGAUGGCUCCCACCUGCCCGCCCUGACCAAGGAGGACUAUGUGGACCUGGGCGUGACCCGAGUGGGCCACCGCAUGAACAUUGACCGGGCUCUCAAAUUCUUCCUGGAAAGGUGAUGGCUGGCCUGGAUGGACCAGACCAUCCGCUGGAA